CACUUUAACGCGCCAUCGACGCGGCGUAGACGCGUCUACGCAUCGCCGCCCCCUUCCGUGCAGAGGCCUGGCUGACAGGACCGUAAACACGCUCCUCUGACACUGUCAGCGACGGCGUCCACCCAUCUGAUCAUCGGAUCCACAACAAGGAAUACAUUCAAAUAUCGAUAUUCAACCGAUCGCACCACUAUGGUUGUGUGAUAAACGAACCACCACACCGACUGUGCAGCAGCAGUGAACCCUGGCGCCGAGUUCCGUAGACGGCAGAGAACGAGUCGGAACACAUGAGCCACUUAGGUAAGCCAGGGGGAUCCAGGAGACAAAGAAUCACCAUGGCGACCCAUACAGGUGUAUCCAAGGCCGGAUCCGAGAGGGAUUCUGGCUGUUCAGACGCCAGCUCCGGCUACCUCAGUGCCGUGGACCUGACUGACUUAGAGGAGAGCGGGAGGACCGCGUCCGCUGUUGGCCUGGACCACACAGCCGUGGUGGGUCGCUCUUACCCGGGAAUCAACCCCAUGAUCAUCAUGAACAACUUUGUCCUGAAGCAGUCCAACUCCGUCCCCCCGCCAGAGAAGCAGUGGAGCUUCCCCUCGCCCGUGGAGGUGGUGCCUCCAUCCAGUGUGGUGCUCCUCCAGCCGAUGGUGUCCAACUGCAGCGUCGCUCCCGCGAAGACCACCCCCGAAAAUAGCACCCAACCGAAAGACUACCUGCCGAUCCUCAAGUCCUACCCCAGAAUCGCGCCCCACCCUGGGGAGCGACCGUCGAAGCGCCAGGGAUCCGCCUCCCUGAGGACCGGCUCCGCCCCGGGACACGGCAAACACCGGCGGCGCCCGCACCACAGCAUCCGGCCCUACAGCUCGCCCAGCGCCACGCCCAUACGCCGGGCGCCGGUCAAGGCCCUCCCCCGACCCGACUCCCCGGCCCCGGGCGCCGACGGCCCGCCUCCCCCCGACGAGAAGCUCCGCCCGCUGCUCGCCGCCGCGGUGGCCCCGUGCGACCCCCCCGACCUGGCGCCGGCGGGCGACGGCCUCCACGACGCCGUGCCCCAGGACGCGCUCUCCGACCACGGCAACAAGCUGAAGCGCUUCAGCAACACCUGUAACAUCCUCAGCAAGUCGGGCCUGCUGGGCAUCACCCUGCGCACCAAGCAGCUGAUGAGGGACAACCGCCGCACGCAGGGCCAGCUCCGGCUGCUCCAGGAGCACACCGACCUGCUCAUGGAGGCGCUCCGGACCGGAGACCCGUGCACCUGGACCCGGCUGCAGCUCGCCAUGCAGGACAAGGCCUCGCCGCAGUGUGAGGGGCCGCAGCUAGGGGGAGCCCUGCAGGGCAUCCCAGUGUGAGGUACAGGUAGAUGGAGGAAAGCGGCAGCAUAAAGCACAGAAUGAGUGGGGCUUUCUUGUAGGAGCCCUUGCUUGUUAGCAAUUUGCCCUUUCGCUGGUACGGAAUUGCACGUAUCGUAGGCGGUAGGGCUACUGGCCUCCCAGGUGAGCAAGCGGUGAAUGCAUGCCUUACCUUACCAUCAAGGAGGUAUGUAGGGCGACCCUGAAGGGUUUGAACAGGACUCCAGUAGAGAAGGUAUUUAUGGAGUACAGUCAAGUUUUGUUCAGCCGAACUUGUUUCAUACAGGUGAUGUUGUCUUUCUGUUUUGCUUAUUAUGAGAUACAUAGACUACUGAAGUCUUGGAACUGUAGAGGGCUGACUUACUGAAUAUUGUUUAUAUUGUUGAUGUUACUUUAUUUAUGAUUUUAUUUUUCAAUCUAUUGACGAGACUAAAGCUACAUGAAGAAUAUGACGUGAAACGCGUAGUGACGUAUGAAUUAGAUCUGGUUGAACAAUUUGCCUCUGUAGAGAUUAAAGCUUGACCGUGUGUGAUAUUAUGUAGUAGCUUGUGAUGCUAACCAUCAGAAGAGAAAUAGAAUUCAAAAUGUUACUUUUUUUAUUAAAAAAAUAAAAAGCGUUUUAGAAGGCAGGAAGA